ACAGCUCAGUGCGAGCCCUGCUAUCAGGCACUGAGUGUCCGGAUCAGCAACAAUGAGCAGCAAAGGCCCAGCUGUGGGCAUCGACCUGGGGACCACCUACUCCUGCGUGGGCGUCUUCCAGCAUGGUAAAGUCGAGAUCAUUGCCAACGACCAAGGCAACAGGACCACCCCAAGCUACGUGGCCUUUACCGACACCGAGAGACUCAUCGGGGAUGCAGCCAAGAACCAAGUGGCCAUGAAUCCCCAGAACACCAUCUUCGAUGCCAAGAGGCUGAUCGGCAGGAAGUACAAUGAUGCCACCGUCCAAUCUGAUAUGAAAUAUUGGCCUUUCCAAGUGGUCAAUGAGGGCACCAAGCCCAAAGUCCAGGUGCUGUACAAAGGGGAGAGCAAGACCUUCUACGCUGAGGAGAUCUCCUCCAUGGUCCUGAUCAAAAUGAAGGAGAUCGCCGAGGCUUAUCUGGGCAAAUCCAUUAACAACGCAGUCAUCACAGUCCCAGCUUACUUCAACGAUUCCCAACGUCAGGCCACCAAGGAUGCUGGAGCCAUCGCUGGGCUCAAUGUGUUGAGGAUCAUCAACGAGCCAACAGCAGCCGCCAUCGCUUACGGUCUGGAUAAGAAGGUGGGGGCUGAACGCAAUGUCCUGAUAUUUGACCUGGGCGGUGGCACCUUUGACGUGUCCAUCCUGACCAUCGAGGACGGCAUCUUUGAGGUCAAGGCCACAGCCGGCGACACACAUCUGGGCGGGGAAGACUUCGAUAACCGCAUGGUGAACCACUUCAUCGACGAGUUCAAGCGCAAGAACAAGAAGGACAUCGCCAGCAAUAAGCGGGCCGUGCGUCGUCUCCGCACGGCCUGUGAGCGGGCAAAGCGCACCCUGUCUUCCAGCUCCCAGGCCAGCCUUGAGAUCGACUCCCUCUUCGAGGGCAUCGACUUCUACACGUCAAUCACUCGGGCACGAUUUGAGGAGCUCAACUCUGAUCUCUUCCGAGGGACCCUGGAGCCGGUGGAGAAGGCGCUGAGAGAUGCCAAGAUGGACAAGGCCCAGAUCCAUGAAAUCGUCCUGGUGGGAGGAUCGACUCGAAUUCCCAAGAUCCAGAGGUUGCUGCAGGACCUCUUCAAUGGCAAGGAGCUGAACAAGAGUAUCAAUCCCGAUGAGGCUGUGGCUUAUGGAGCAGCUGUGCAGGCAGCCAUUCUGACUGGGGACACCUCAAGCAAUGUACAGGACCUGCUGCUUCUGGACGUGACGCCCUUGUCUUUGGGCAUCGAGACCGCAGGAGGCGUCAUGACCACCCUCAUCAAGAGGAACACCACCAUCCCCACCAAACAGACCCAGAUCUUCACCACCUACUCGGACAACCAGCCCGGAGUCCUGAUCCAGGUGUUUGAGGGUGAGCGAGCCAUGACCAAGGACAACAACCUGCUGGGCAAGUUUGAGCUGUCGGGGAUCCCUCCGGCGCCCCGAGGCGUCCCUCAGAUAGAGGUGACCUUCGACAUCGAUGCCAACGGGAUCCUCAAUGUCUCGGCCGUGGACAAGAGCACUGGGAAGGAGAAUAAGAUCACCAUCACCAACGACAAGGGCCGUCUGAGCAAGGAGGAGAUUGAACGCAUGGUGAAUGAGGCCGACGAGUACAAAGCCGAGGAUGAGAUUCAGCGGAACCGGGUCGCUGCCAAGAACGCACUUGAGUCGUAUGCUUACAGCAUGAAAUCCACCAUGGAAGAUGAUAACAUGAAGGGAAAAAUCAGUGAGGACGACAAACAGAAGGUGCUGAGUAAAGUGAAGGAAGUGCUGGACUGGCUGGACAAGAACCAAAUGGCUGAGAAGGAGGAGUACGAGUUUCAGCAGAAGGAGCUGGAGAAGCUGUGCAAUCCCAUCGUCGCCAGUCUGUACCAGAGCGGGGGAGCCCCUGGCCCAGGGGGGGUCCCUCCGGGGGCAGGGAACCCCACAGGAGCUGCUGGACCAACUAUAGAGGAGGUGGACUAAGGAGCGAAGAACAGCAGAAAUAAGCAAGUUUAGUAAAAAGAGCUUAAUUCGCUUUAUAGAGCUACGCAGAGUCUUCCUGUCGGCCAAUUCAUUUUAAGGUGCUUCAAAGUGUCGCGGGAGAUAGUUAUUCCUAAAACAAAGUAGUCGAAAGCAGGUAAGUGUAGCGCUUAGUAUAGUAAUGUCCAGUAAUAGUAAACCUGGAGCAGGCUCCCUAGGGAGACGGUUGAAGCAGGAAAUGUUGAUUCCUUCAAACA